AUGGAGUCCUCUGCUCAGGAGUGGUUUGAUUCAGAUGAGGCUGAGUUUCAGAUGCGGACGGCGGCGAGGAACUCGACGGUUUUGUGGCCUCGGGCGCGUCUGGUGCUGGAGACUCUGAUGGUGCUGAUGAGUCUGGGCGCAGUGACGGGAAACAUUCUGGUUAUUGUGAUUGUUGCAGCCACCAAAACCUUCCACACUGUGACCUCCGUCCUCAUCAUCAAUCUGGCCAUUAGUGAUUUCUUAGUGGGAAUAGGAGUAAUGCCAUUUGUGGCCGUUUCCAUUAUGAACAACGGAUGGGUCAACUGCAAUGAUCUAUGUCUGUAUGUCGGCUACACAUCUUCAGUAUACUGCACAGCAUCAGUCUUAACACUUGCUGCUAUCGCCCUGGACCGUUAUUUCUCCAUUGUGGACUGUCUGCGGUACGAUUCCCGCUGCACAAUUUGGAGAACAGUUUUGGCAGUGCUAUGGAUCUGGCUGCAAGCUAUGGUGACCAGCUGUCCUCCUCUCUUGGGCUGGAGCAACAUUAGUUUCGUGGCUCCCAUGUACAGCUGUGCAGUGAACUGGGCCAACAGCCCAAGCUACACCAUCAUAAUGGCCUCAUUAACUUUUCUUCUACCAGCUAUAGUCAUCCUGUUCUGCUAUGUGAAGAUUGUCCGUGUGGCACGGUACCACGCUAGGAGGAUUCACAGUCUGGAAGAACAUCUCCAACGUAACAGGACCCCAUCUGUCUUGAAUCUCCAACACUCAUUCAUGGACUCCUUCACACCAUCCAAGCUGGUGUACCAUGUGAGUGGGAAGUUUGUGAUGGAUCAGUUGGAUGUUCCUGGUGAAAUUUCUCCAGAUGCACCAUCUGAGAUGUCUUCCAAGUCAGCUGGUGGACGUCUGCACUCAUUCUUGGCUCAAAUCCAUAGCAGUAGCCCGCAGAAUCCCAACCAAACUCAACAUCAUGGAGUCUUGAGGUUGUUCUUGGUCAUCGCCACUUUCUUUUUGUUACCCAACAGCUUCAAGGAGCAGCUGAAUAAUGUUCUUCCUGUGGCCACUUCUUCUCGUCCUGUUUGUCAUAAAUGUGGUGGACAAGGUUCUAGGAUGGUGGACCACCUGCAGGUUCCCUCCAAACAGCAUGAGCGGAACAGACUUCCUUACUCUGCUGCUACUAAAAAGAAACAAGCCACGUUCUUUUAUGGACAGAUCACAGUAAGAGUAGAACAUGAUAUUUGCUGAGUUUAUCACAGCUCAGCAAGUUAUUUUAAAUCGUAAUAGUAUUUUACAAUAUUGCUGUUUUGAAU